AUGCGUCCCUUCGACCAGCAUCAAUGGCAUGGACCGGACAACACCGUCCUUGCGACCAGGCUCACGACUUCCAGUUCCGGACCGGACAAAUGCGUCCCUUCGACCAGCGUCAAUGGCAUGGACCGGACAACACCGUCCUUACGACCAGGCUCACAACUUCCAGUUCCGGACCGGACAAAUGCGUCCCUACGAACAGCCCGCGAGGGCAUGAACCGGACAACACCGUCCCUUCGACCGAUCUCACCACUUAGAAGUAAAGAAUUAGAAUUCUGGACCGGACAAAUGCGUCCCUUCGACCACCCUGCAAGGGCAUGGACCGGACAACAUCGUCCCUUCGACCAGGCUCAACACUUC